GCACUGACUGGCGGCACUGACUGGCACAACCCCUGGGCACUGACUGGUGGCACUGACUGGCAGCACUGCUGGGCUGCACUGGUGGGUGGCACUGGUGGGUGGGCACAGGUGGGUGGCACUGGUGGGCACAGGUGGGUGGCACUUCUGGGCACAGGUAGGUGGCACUGCAGAGUGGCACAGGUGGGGGCACUGCUGGGCACAGGUGGGGGCACUGCUGGGAACGGGUGGGCGGGGCUAGUGGGCGCACUGCUGGGCAGAACUUGCGGGUGUCACUGCUGGGCACCGAUCAUCAGGGCACUG